GCGGAGAAAGAGACUGACUGGGGUGUGUGAGCCACAUCUGGAAUAGUAGCUACAGAGAAAGGGUCGAGAGAGAGAAGCAGAAGCUUGGUGAGACUUUUUCCCCCCAACUCUUCACUUCAGCACUCCCUUUUCACGGAAUCAAACCUCUUGCUUUGCCUUUUUUUUAUCUACUUGAAAAAAUGCUGCUCAUCCUGCUCGGAGUGCUCAUCUUGCACUUAAUCAUUCUCAUUCUUCUCAUUGUGUCGACAGCAGCCAGUGCCUGGUCUGUAGGUGGGGAUAGGAGCACAGAUCUAUGGUACAGUUGCAUGACAACUAAUGGAGGCUACCACUGCAAGCCAGCAAGCAAUGAAGACUGGAUCCAGGCGGUGCAAGCCCUCAUGAUCCUGUCCUUGCUCUUCUGCUUCUUUUCCCUCAUCGCGUUCUUGUAUCAGCUCUUCAGACUGGUCAAGGGUGGACGCUUCUUCUUCACCGCCAUCUUCCAGAUCUUGGCAAGUUUGUUCGUGAUGUGCGGGGCGAUCAUCUACACUGUGAUGUGUCCGGAUGACGGUUCUGGUGUACAGUUCGGCUACGCCUACGUGCUGGCCUGGGUAGCUUUCCCUCUCUGCCUCAUCAGUGGCCUCAUUUAUAUCGUCCUGAGGAAGAAGGAAUGAGAGAAGGAGCAGAGGAGAAAACACGAGGGGUAGUAAGGAGACCCCUUACCACAACAUCGCACUGUGCCUACUGCCCACAGACCAUAGACUGACAUCCCAACAAUACAACAAAACGUGCAUGUGUCACUAACAAUUGUAAACACAGAGGAGAUAUCUAUCACUGCUGGGGAUCUCUUUUUGCUGUAUAUCAGUGUCCGUUAUUUUCCCAUCUUAUGCUGAGAGCUAUCACACCUGUUAACUUUGUGAAUUUUAAUAAACACUACAAAUGUUUCCUGUGGUGAUAGAGUGUCCUCAAAAAUGUGUUUAGAAAUGUGCUGGUGACACAGCGACUUUUGUUGCAUGCUGGCACCCGACUUCCACAAAUCCAUCCUGUGUGAUAACAACGAUGAAUAAUCCUGCCUUUCUUCAGUACAAAGAUGUACAUAGUGUCUGUGGUUUUUAGACAUAUUUAUAACAUUUUUACAUACAUUUUGUACAUAGUGUUGUCAAGUUAACAUUGUCGUGCUCAUUUUGUGAUGGAAUUUGUGUCUCUCACAAAUCAUGCAGCUGUGCCAAAGAGAUGUCGCUUCAACUGCCAGAGUAUCAAGCUUUUUUAAAGUUGUGUUGUCUUCUUUUUUUUUUCUUUUUUUUUGUGUCAUAUGCUUUGAACGAUGUGCCUUACUUAGAAUAUCUGUGUUCUUCUUGAAGGAAAUGAGUAAAUCCUCAGAAAUAAAAAAAGAAAAGAAUAAUUACAAGUUUUGAUAAACUCAUGAAGUUUUCUGAAUUAUCUUUGUACUUGAUAUGCCCAUCAAAAAUGUUUUGCAUUUUGUAAUCUAGUUUUGAAAAUGGUGCUUUUUAUCUACUAUUCUUGAAAUGUAUAGCCUACUUUGUGUUGCAAGUCUGUCUUGUCCUGUGAUUAAUUUGCUUUGUACAAACCCAAGUUUUCAUUUUUGUCAGUAUUCCUCUAAAUAAACCUUUUGAAAUUGA